AUUGGGAUUUUUGGAAUCUGUUUGUGUUUGUUCGAGCGCCACGCGAUAAGAAUAUUUGGAUUGAUAAAAGGGUAUAGUAAAGCGAUCCGGAGCAAACAUAGAUAUAGAAAUGUCCAACGAGCGUGAGGCGGCUUUCCUGAAGGAAGAACUUCCAAAGCAGAUUCUUGUUCAUUCGCCAGAAUUAGAAGACGAUGGAGUGUUUUCAGAGGUGGAGCUAACAACUCCAGAACAUUUGGAUGGGUUUAUGUCCACCAUUCACAAGUUAUCGUUUCAAUACCAUAAAAAGGAUGGCAGUGAUGUACGUAGAUUGGACCUAAUGGUGAAAGUAAUGAAAGGCAGUGAUGAGUUUCGCGAAUCUUCAUUAACUAAAAUACAAUUCGGAAAUGAAAUCUACAUCUACACGCACGUGCUCCCGGUAUUCCGCGAUUUACUGGCUGGAACAGAAGUUCAGGCAGACUGGUACCCCGGAGUGUACUUCGGUGAGGCUGGUUCCUUUCCUAGCUACAGCGAUCAGUAUGAAACGAUGCUGGUGCUAGAAAACAUAUCACCCCUGGGUUAUGUGGCCGGUCCUCGAUUGGAUCUAGAGGAGACGCAUCUUCGAUUAAUGGCUCGUAAUAUUGCAUCAUUCCAUGCUUGCACGUACGCUCUGCGUAUUCGUAACGAUCCUCGUUUGCAGCAGUUGAUCGAUGGUAUUACACCACUUGACUAUGUGCAUGGAGAUAAAACGUUCACCAGCUAUGAUGUGCUGUUAAGACUAGGUGCUGACCGAUGGUACAGCUACCUAGACAAACAUCCAGAGUUGCUUGAGAAACUGAGCUUCAAACAGGACAUGGAACAGCUGCGAAAACGCUAUGAAGCUACACCAAUACGGUUGAUGCAGAAACUGCUCGCACGAGAUGAUGUGUUUUCGGCGAUUCUCCACGGUGACUAUAACAGAAACAAUGUUCUGUUCAAGCUAGAUGAUACUGGCAAACCGAUCGCUCUGAAGAUGUUCGACUUUCAAGAAAAUCGUUACGCCACACCGGCCAUUGAUUUGGCCUUUUUCAUGUACAUGAGCAUGACAGAAGAACUGCGAGAGCGGUGCUGGGAUAGUCUUUUAGAAGACUAUCAUAGCACAAUGUUACGUUCGUUGGCCGCGAUACUAAAGGUAAACGAAAAGGAUUCUCUUCUUGAUUCUUACCGUUUCAAACCGUUUAUAGAGCAUUUCAAACGACACGCAACUUACGGUGUAUUCGUAACGCUCCACUUUCUACCGUGGAUGAUGUGUUCUGAGGAAGAGUGCAAACAACUAUCAUACCACUUUGCGCGAGAUCUGCACUCCAAGGAACUGGCCCACUGGACCCUAGUGUGCGGUGGAGAAGAAGUGGACAAACGACUGGCGGGGGUACUGCAGCAUGCCAGUAGCAAAGGCUACUUUGCCAUUGUUGAUGAGGAUUAGAGCGGCGCCCUUUCUUGUGCGUUUGAUAUUGGGAACGAAUUUAUUGUUGCAUUUAAUAAUUUCAUAUCAACUUCCUAAGUCACUAAAAGUGCUUUUAUUAUUACGAUUUUUUACGAGAGAAAUAAAACAAUUUCACCUAAUAUUACGUAAUAAGAUGGGUUAAAUCUUACAAAAAAUCCUUCAAUGGUUGCGUUCCACAACGUAGCCCGAUAACCGUCAAGCUAUCCUUGACUAUCGUUUGAAGUAGAAACAAACGUCCUCUCGUAUAGUCGACUGCUAAGUUUAAGAUGCAUGCACCGGCGUGGCCUGUAUAGUCCUCUCGUAUUCCCCACGGGAAACACCGAUGACCAACAGUUUCUUUCGUUCACCGUAUUGUGUCCAAGAAAAGAGAUACCUUUAUACCUUUAUGGUUUGAUUUGGUACAUUCUAUUCACUAUGUAAGAUCCUUUAUUUGCCUUAGAAAGUCACACAUUUUCAGCACGUUCUGAUUGAGUUGCGGUCAUGUUGAAGUCAUCGUCAGCGUCGUCGUCUUCGAAUGAGUUUGGUCGUCAUGUCCCCUGUGUAUGCGAAUCGUAUCAUUAUGCAUUUGAUACUAAAGCAGACCUAUGGUCACUUACGAUAGCCGUUAGUAGCUGUUGCUUUGACGCGGCCAUUUACUAGGCACCGAAUGAAGACCGAAAAGAACACAUUUCGCUUCGCUCUAACGCGAUAGCUACUGAUUCAGCACGAGUUUCUACCUCGUGUGCACGCAUGAAGCUGCAACGCUCGACGUUACGUGAAUCAUUAUCAGAGAAAGAGGCUUGCAAUGGUUUUGGUUUUUUUUUUCUUUUUGUUACUCCAAUCUAUUGUGAUUUGCUAGAGAAUGGAUGCAUCUUACGAUUUUUUAAAGUUAUAUUCUUCAGUUACUAAUAUUGGCAUACAUUUGUUGUAGGUUGGCUCAAUGCUUAUAUACUCUUGUUUUUCAUGUUGAC